AGCAUUUUCCCAGGGCACGAUGCGGUGGUUUCUAGGUUAUGCGAAGCGCAACUCAAACUUGUUAAUACCCAGUACAAAACCCUUCUCCCAAGUUCCAAAACGCUCCUUCGCAAUGGCUUCUCCUUCGGACCGUCGACCCCUCGUCAUCUCUGGACCUAGCGGUGUCGGAAAGGGCACGCUGAUCAAGAUGCUCUUCAGCCGUCACCCCGAUAUCUUCACUCUUUCUGUGUCGCAUACUACUCGCAAUCCUCGUGAGGGCGAGACCGAUGGCGUUGAGUACCACUUUGUCACCAAGGAUGCGUUUCGGGAUUUGAUCGCCAAGGAUGGCUUCGUCGAGCAUGCUCAAUUCGGAAGCAACCUCUACGGAACGAGCAAGGCGACCAUCGAGGAGCAAACAGCCAAGGGCAAGGUCGUUGUUCUUGACAUCGAAAUGGAGGGCGUCAAGCAAGUCAAGGCCUCUUCCAUCGACGCACGCUACGUAUUCAUCUCGCCCCCUGAUACCGAAGAGCUCGAGAAGCGACUGCGCGGCCGUGGCACCGAGACCGAGGAGAGCAUUCAACAGCGCUUGACACGUGCGCAGGAUGAGCUUGCGUGGGCCAAGAAUGCCGAGUUUGACAAGAUUCUCGUCAACGAUGACUUGGAGAAGACGUACCAGGAGCUUGAUGCUUUUGUCUACAGUGAGAAGACCAACUAGAGUGGAAUAGACGGGAGGUUAUUUGAAGUUUGACACGCAGUGUGCGACGUCUUUGGGAUGCGGUGUACAGGGUAACGCAAAAGUAUAAACGAGAAGCAUGAUAGACCUGCAAUGAUCAAUGAUUAUACCCAGUAA